CGGACCACACGAACGCACGGCAGGCACAGGCUCCGGCCCUGCACGGCCUCCUGCACGCCCCUCCCCUCCACCCCUCCUAUUGGCCAGCCCUUCCCCGUUCGGCCAUCUGAUUGGUUUUCACUGCUGCCUAUUAUUGGCGCGCCCUUCAUCCGGGCGCGUGGAGGCGUGACGUCACUCGACACGACGCGCCGCGCGGUGGAUGGGGACCAUGGCUGCCCCUCUGUCCCCCACGGUGGUGCUGGGCGAGGCCUCGGAGAGCGACUCGGAGCCGGAGCCGGGGGGGACCGCAGCCGGGACCCGUGCGGUGGGGCUGAAGGUUCCUGGGGAGGCGUCGGAGACUGAGGAGGAGGAGGAAGAGGACGGCGUGUCCCGAGUGCCACUGCCGGGGGUGUCCCGGGGGGGCACCUCACUGCUGCAGCAGCGGCUGGGGGCGGGAGAGGGGCGGCUGCGGGGUGCGAUGGCUGAGGCGCUGGGACGCGGUUUCAGUGGGGCUGCGCGGCUGCUGGAAGGCCUCGGGGGACCCCUGGGCCAAGCUCAAGCUGGGGCAGCUGCUACCGCACACUGCCUGUGCCUGGUGCGCCGUGAUCUGCGUGCUGUGGCUGCCACCGUAGCCACCGUCACCACCUGCCGCCUGACAUCUGUGGGGUGCUGUGAGAGUGAGGACCCCGGUGGGGCAGUGCUGGCAGCCGUGGGGAGCUCCUGGCUUCGUUGUCGCUGUGUUACUGCCGGUAACCUCCAGCGCUGUGUCCGGUGGACUUGAGGGUUGUGGUUGUGUCAUGGUUUUGUAAUUUUGCUAUCAGUAUUCCACAUCAUAACAUCAUGUACAAUAGGAUACUUCUACUUGAAUGUGCAGUCCACAGAAA